ACGUCUACCGCCACAAUGCUGCCCGCUUGGCUAAACGCGGACUACAUUCAAACCCAUCUGAGAAUCCACUCCAAGAACGACAAGCUGCGAGUCCUUAAACUCUGGGGCAAGCCAGCGACAGGCAAGGGGGAGAACUUUAUUGGCAUUAUGACUCGCAUUUACGUGGACUACGAAGACGGCAGUGGAGUGGCGCAGCACAAGUCAUACAUCCUCAAGCAGCCCAGCCCGCUGGACGCUCCCCAGGCAAGAAUAUUCUUCGAGUACGACGUGUACACACGGGAAAUGGACAUGUACGAGUUUGUACUGCCCAAAAUGGCCGAGCUGCUGCGAGAGAUUGGAACCACCGAGAAGCUAACCGCAGACUGUGUGGCUGUGGACAGGGAACAUUCCAUUCUGAUACUCGAGGACUUGGCUCCUCUCAAGUAUGUCAAUGCAGACCGGUUGAGGCAAUUGGACGAGGCUCAUGCCAAGCUGGUGCUGGAGUUGCAGGCAAAGUUCCAUGCCGCAGCUGUGAUACUCAAAGAGCGACAUCCCGGGCUGCUGGCAAAGAAUUUCUCAACGCAUUUCUUUUGCCGAGAGAAGAAGGGAUAUGGAGAGAUCUUCAGCAGUUUGUUUGAGUCUUUCAUGGGGUAUGUGAAGACACAACCCAAGCUGAAUGAUCGCUUUAGUGGCAAGUUGGAGCUGGUCCAAACCAAUUUAAUGGAGUACGCGGCUCGAACUGUCGACGUUGGCCCGGAGGACUUUCAGACGUUGGUUCAUGGCGACUGUUGGACCAACAAUAUCAUGUUCCAAUACGAUGACAAAGGCUGCCCGAUCAAUGUCGUGUUGAUAGACUUUCAGUUCUGCACUUGGACAUCGCCGGCUGCUGAUCUUCACUACUUCUGCAGCUCAUCCCUGAGGGAAGAUGCCAGAGCAAAGGAGACGGAGCUCGUGCAGCAUCAUUAUUAUGUUAUGACAAAGAUCUUGGCAAAGUUUACCCAUAAAUGUGUGCUGCCCAGCCUACUCGAGUAUCAGCUGCAGUUUGAGCGCCGACGAUUCAUGAGUUUUGUUAUUGCAAUUACACUUCAGCCUCUUAUGCUAUAUGAGGGCACGGAGGACCCUGAUUUUUCGUACCUCUAUCAGGAUACGCCGAAAGCGAGGAGCUUCCGGGACUCAAUGUUUGCUUCUGAAAAAGUGCAGAGAAUGGUGGAAAAGAUAUUGCCUGUGGUGGAUGCCAAGGGACUGUUGGAUCCGCAGUAGAAAAAUUUG